AUGUCUCGCCGCAAGCAAGGCAAACCCCAGCACUUGAGCACACGGGAGUUUUCGCCUGAGCCGCUAUCAGGCGUCCCACCAGAUGAAGACUCGCAGGACUCCACGAGGCUGGGGGUGAACCUCUCAAAGGGGGACCAGGACUUGCUCACGUGUGGCCAGUGUCAUUCCCGCUUCCCCCUGUCGGACAUCCUGCUGUUCAUCGAGCAUAAGAGACGACAGUGCCACGGGAGCCUGUGUGCCGACAAACCUCUGGACAGGCCGCCUUCCUCCCCCCUUGCCUCGCCCAUGUCCACCUCCUCGUCCCUCUCACGGACUCCGCUGCACCCCAGGAGGCCAUGCCAUCCCGUGGAGGUGGCCGUUCAAGUGUCGCCACGCCACGAGGAUUGUUUAUCCGCACCGCUGCCAGGAAUAAUCCCCAAACAAGAGCAUAUCACAGAUAAAGACGAGCCCAGCAGUUACACUUGUACCACGUGUAAGCAUUCCUUCACCAGUGCCUGGUUCCUGCUCCAACACGCCCAGAACACUCAUGGUUUGCGGAUCUAUCUGGAGAGUGAACCCGGGAGCCCCCUCACUCCCCGCAUGGCCACAGCUCCUGGGAUGGGGGGGGACUGUGCCUCCUCCCAGCCCCCCAUGCAUGCCGUCCACCUGGCUGAAGGCAGUCCUUACAGUCUGCUGAGGAUGCCAGGUUCUGGUUCAGGACGGGACUCUGCAUCCACCCCUCGAGAGGGACGUUACCCCAGGACUCCACCGUUGUUCAGCCCUCCUCCUCGGCAUCACCUUAGCCCUGAUGACCUGGCACUGGCCACUCACCAUCCCAGCGCCUUUGACAGAGUGAUGAGGCUAAACUCUGUGCCCCUUGAGCCCCCUCAAACCAUGGACUUCUCUAGACGUCUGCGAGAGCUGGCUGGAAAUGCAGCUGGGGCUUCUCCUCCUCUUUCCCCAAACAGACCUACCCCUAUGCAACGUCUUUUACCUUUCCAGCCCGGGUCUAAGCCUCCGUUUUCAGCCACACCUCCUCUGUCCACGUCCCAGUCUCCUUCAGGAUCCCUCUCGACCCCAAACGCCAGCUCCAACGCUGUCCAACCAGGUACUCCCCUCAAGGCCAAGUCUUGCGAGUUCUGUGGAAAGACGUUUAAGUUCCAGAGUAACCUAAUUGUACAUAGACGGAGCCAUACCGGCGAGAAGCCCUUCAAGUGUCAUUUGUGUAACCACGCCUGUACCCAAGCCAGCAAACUGAAGAGGCACAUGAAGACUCACUGCCCAAACAAGUCCCUGACAAACUCCAAGUCUGAGGACGGACUCUCUGCCACCAGUUCACCGGAGCCUGGCACCAGCGACAUCAUGAACAGUGCUACGGACGCACUCAAGUCUGUGGUGGCCAAGCUAAAGAAUGAAAACAACGGUUUGAUGGCAGAGAAUGGAGAAGAUGAGGAGGAGGAGGAGGAAGAGGAGGAGGAAGAAGAGGAGGAAGAAGAGGAGGAGGAAGAGGGGGAGGAAGAGGAGCUUGAGGACGAGAUGGAGAGUAAGCCACAUGUCGCCGAGAGCACUGACAGAAACGACUAUCGGUUCAGCCUGAAACUGGAGGGAGCGCGGCACCAUCAGAACAGCGAGGCCCUGCACCCACGCCGGCGGAACUCAUUGCGAGACAACGGAGACCAAGACUCAGUUAUGGAGACAGACCGAGCCGAGAACGGAGCCACGACUCCCAUUAACGGACUCGGGCCGAUGACCGUUGAGAGCAUUUCACGUAAACUGUUAGGAGGCGUGAGUCCAGGCUCUCUCAGUCCUCUGUCAAAGCGCAUCAAAAUGGAGAAAGACAUUGACCCGCCCACCCCCACCAUCCCCAACACGGAGAAUGUUUACUCCCAGUGGUUAGCGGGGUACGCAGCAUCCAGACAACUCAAAGACCCCUUCCUCAGCUUUUCCGGCGGGGACUCACGACAAUCGCCUUUCGCAUCAUCUUCUGAACACUCAUCAGAGAACGGCAGUCUGCGGUUCUCUACUCCCCCUGGCGAGCUGGACGGAGAGCGCGCUUCAGGACGCAGUGGUACAGGAAGCGGGGCCAGCACGCCGCACGGGGGAAGUGGGAACUGCAGACCCAGCUCUAAAGAUGGCCGCCGCAGUGACACUUGUGAGUUUUGUGGCAAAGUGUUUAAAAACUGCAGUAACUUGACAGUGCACAGGCGCAGUCACACGGGAGAACGGCCGUACAAGUGUGAGCUGUGCAGUUACGCCUGUGCUCAGAGCUCCAAGCUCACGCGCCACAUGAAGACCCAUGGACAGAUGGGCAAGGAUGUGUACAAAUGUGAAAUCUGCCACAUGCCUUUCAGUGUCUACAGCACUCUGGAGAAACACAUGAAGAAGUGGCACAGCGACCGGCCUCUGGCUAAUGACAUUAAGACUGAGUAG